AUGGCAGCGGCCCCCCUGCAGCGCACGGAGAUUAACGGUGAAGCAGAGAUCCACCCACAGCCUGUGGAGGACCCCACGCUGGAGGAGAGAUGGCUGUGUCCAAAGGAGUUUUCAUCACUGCACUUUGAGAAACACUCUGAGAAUUUUUCGUGGACAGAGAAUCGUUACGAAGCAAAUCGCAGAAGGCACAACUUUUCAGAUGAGUUUGAUCCUAACAUUGGACGGCCGAACGGAGGGCGUUUUGGGAGAAAAGAGAAGAAUGGUUGGCGUUCACAAGGCAGAAAUGGUACAGAAAACGUAAACCAUCGUGGAGGAUACCAUGGCGGAGGUUCCCGUGCUCGUACCAGCACCUUCCACUGUGGAAAAGGCCAAGGACUGCAUGAAAACAAUGUGCCUGAUAAUGAAACUGGGAAAAAUGAAGACAAUGAAGUACCCAAACAGUUUGAGGCUGAGGAUUUUCCGUCUUUGAACCCUGAAUAUGAGAGGGAACCAAACCAGAAUAAAUCUUUAGCUGGAGGCGUAUGGGGAUAUCCUUUGAAUCCUAAAUCUAGAUCUCCAAGAAUGCUGGUCAUUAAAAAGGGCAGUACAAAAGAACUGCGAAUAUCUGGAUUCCCAGUAGUAGGAAGUCUUCAUUCACAACCAGUAAGGAAUGGAACUGGCACAAGUUUUUAUAAAGGGUUAAUCCCUAAACCUGUGUCUCCACCCGCAAAGCCUACGCAGUGGAAAAGCCAAGCAAAAGAAAAUAAACUUGGGAAUCCAUUUGCUCACGAAUCUGCGUAUGGUGUUGACAAUUUGAGUCCUUUCAAAUCAACUGCCAAGGCGUUUACUGUAUCACAAAGUUCAGUGAAAAAGUGUAAUCGGUCAAAUUCUUCAUCUCCUGUUGACAAAGUUGGUCAGCCUCGUUUAACAAAAUUGACAAGAAUGCGAACUGAUAAGAAGAGUGAAUUUUUGAAAGCGUUGAAAGGAGAUAGAGCGGAAGAGGAACAUGAAGAGAAGAAUCAUGCUGGGCAAGAGAAGGAUGAUGAUUCCUUUAACUUGCAUAACAGCAACAGUCCUCAUCACGAGAGAGAUAUAAACCGAAACUUUGAAAGUGAAAUUUCGCAGGAGAAUGGCAGUGCUUCAGUUACAUCUCAACAGAAAAUUCGAUCUUCAGCUUUCCCUCAGGCAGAUGUUCUUUCAAGCUCGCUUGAGGCAGAGCAUAGGCUGUUAAAGGAGAUGGGCUGGCAGGAAGACAGUGAAAAUGAUGAAACAUAUGCUCCACUAACAGAGGAUGAGAUGAGGGAGUUCCGAGUCAUUAGUGAACAGUUACGGAAAAAUGGUCUUCGGAAAAACGGCAUUUUGAAAAAUGGCCUCAUUUGUGACUUUAAAUUUAGCCCCUGGAAAAACAGCACUUUCAAGCCUGCUCUGGAAAAUGAGGAUUCUGAGACAAGCAGCAGUGAUACAUCAGAUGAUGAUGAUGUGUGAAGACUUCUGUAACAUCUGCAGAAGCCUGGUUUGAUCUCAUGAAAAUUUGGGAAUAUGUUGUCCAAAAAAGAUGCCUAAAUUAUGUAGUAACGUACCCACAAGAGGAAGAAUUAUGGUAUCUUUCUCUGAAGAAAGCGAGGGAUGGUGUGUUGGAACAUUACUAUAAUUUCUUUGUAAACGAAUGUUGUAAAAUGAGGGCUUUGGUUGACCCAGCAUUGACCUCCUUCAUCAUUGAAGCAUUUCUGACUAGCAAUGUGACAAUGUAACAGAUCAGACUUUCUCAGUAAUAAAAAGGAAUUGUGUAAUGUCUUGCAGAGCUGCUGUCUUGAAGUGUCCAAGUCUAUAAGGGGGAAAAAAGGCAGCUUGACACAGUGUUCUGCUUGCCAAGUCAUUUCUUCUUACAAUGGAAAUCUGUGAGUCCACUUUGUACGCAAAAAGGGCAAUGUAGCACGUUGGCUAAAAUGAGCAA